GGGCACCUGGGUUACACUUUUCUUGGAAUUUUGGAAGCGACGACAAGCUCGACUUGAAUAUGAGUGGGAUUUAGUUGAUUUUGAGGAAGAACAGCAACAACUCCAACUUAGACCAGAGUAUGAAGCAAAAUGUACACAAAAGAGGAAGAAUCCAGUGACUCAGGAGCUGGAGCCUUAUUUACCUCUAACUAGCCAGGCUAUACGGUUCUGCAUCUCAGGAACUACCGUGUUGUUCUGGAUCUCUUUAAUCAUAGCGAGCAUGAUAGCUGUAAUAGUUUACCGCCUUGCAGUCUAUGCUGCUUUUGCCAGCAUCAUGGAGAACACAGAAACCCUGCAACCCAUUCGAGGUUUGUUGACACCACAACUGGCAACGUCACUCACUGCAUCAUUCCUCAAUUUUGUCAUCAUUAUGAUACUGAAUUUCCUAUAUGAGAGGAUAGCCAUCUGGAUCACAGAUAUGGAAAUACCAAGAACCCACUAUGAGUAUGAAAACAGACUUACCAUGAAGAUGUUCCUCUUUCAGUUUGUCAACUACUACUCUUCAUGCUUCUAUGUAGCUUUUUUCAAAGGGAAAUUUGUAGGAUACCCUGGUUCUUAUACAUACAUGUUCAAUCGCUGGAGAAAUGAAGAGUGUGAUCCUGCAGGAUGCUUGAUAGAACUGACAACCCAGCUCACCAUCAUCAUGGCUGGCAAACAGAUCUGGGGUAAUAUUCAAGAAGCUAUAGUCCCCUGGAUCUAUAAUUGGUGGGGUCGUCGGAAGGCAAGGAGCAACCCAGAGAAUUUAUACAGUCGAUGGGAGCAGGAUCAUGAUUUACAGAGCUUUGGAGCAUUGGGUCUCUUCUAUGAAUACCUUGAAAUGGGUAAGCAGAAAAGACAAUGA